AUGCCUGAGUCAGCUAGGGGUAGUGACUAUUGCAAAGUUUGGCAGUUCGGAGCUUCGGCAGGUGAUUGUCCCUUCGGAAGAGCAUCUCCCUUUGGCAGGGAGGAAGACAUGUCCACCUUGAAAACUAAACAAUUGCCACUUGUGUAUAACAGAAUUGCAGGUAGCCAAGGAGCUGAGUAUUGCUUUGAAGGUUCACUAGUCAAGAAGCUUGUAAAAGGAAAGAUUGUGGUUUGUGAGGAAGGAAUAUAUUCGCGAACUGGAGUUGGAGAGAAAGUGACGAAGGCAGGGGGAGCUGGAAUGCUUCUACUGAACAGUGAAGAUGAAGGUGAAGAACUUCUUGCUGACGCUCAUAUUCUGCCGGCCACUUCUCUUGGAGCUUCUGCUGCUAAAGCCAUCCGAAAAUACGUAGGCUCAGCAAAGAAACCCUCAGCUUUGAUUGUGUUCCAAGGCACAGUCUACGGCAACACUGCGCCUGUGAUGGCAGCCCUUUCAUCUAGAGGGCCAAAUUCUGCUGGACCGGACGUGAUCAAGCCUGAUGUGACUGCACCAGGUGUGGACAUUUUGGCUGCUUGGCCACCCAAUAUCAGCCCAAGCAUGCUUGAAAGUGAUAACAGAAGUGUUCUGUUUAACAUAAUCUCAGGCACUUCAAUGUCUUGCCCCCAUGUGAGUGGCUUAGCCUCUCUUCUCAAGUCAGUGCAUAGAGAUUGGUCACCUGCAGCAAUCAAAUCUGCACUAAUGACCACAGCUUACACACUAAACAACAAAGGGGGCCCAAUUGCUGAUAUUGGCUCAACUAGUACUUCAAAAUCAGCUACCCCUUUUGCCUUUGGUUCAGGGCAUGUUGACCCAGAAAAUGCUGCUGAUCCAGGACUAGUUUACGACAUUACCACUGAAGACUACCUGUUUUAUUUGUGUAGCUUGAGUUAUAACUCUUCCCAAAUAGCUGUUUUCUCCAGUGGGGUUAAUUUUACUUGUCCAAAAAAUGCAGUUCUUCAGCCUGGUGACUUGAAUUACCCUUCAUUCUCUGUGCUUUUCAGCAAAGAUGCAAGGAAUAUGAGUGUUACGUACAAGAGGACAGUGAAAAAUGUUGGUAAAAUUCCUAGUACUUAUGCAGUGCAGGUGAAAGAACCUACUGGAGUAUCAGUAACUGUUGAGCCUAGGAGCUUGGGGUUUAAGAAGAUGGGUGAAAAACUGAGCUACAAAGUCAGUUUUGUUGCAUUGGGAGGACCAACUUUGACCAAUUCAUCCUUCGGAACCCUAACUUGGGUGUCAGGGAAAUAUAGAGUUGGAAGUCCCAUAGCAGUAACUUGGCUGUAA